AAUCAUAAACAGUUUUUGGGGGUUUGUUAUCAUAAAACUGGCUCCUCCCCUUCAGUCUUGCACAGGUGUACCGGCUCCUCCCCUUCAGUCUUGCACAGGUGUACCGGCUCCUCCCCUUCAGUCUUGCACAGGUGUACUGGCUCCUCCUCUUCAGUCUUGCACAGGUGUACCAGCUCCUCCCCUUCAGUCUUGCACCGGUGUACUGGCUCCUCCCUCUUCAGUCUUGCACAGGUGUACCAGCACCUCCCCUUCAGUCUUGCACAGGUGUACCGGCUCCUCCCAUUCAGUCUUGCACAGGUGUACUGGCUCCUCCCCUUCAGUCUUUCACAGGUGUACCGGCUCCUCCCCUUCAGUCUUGCACAGGUGUACUGGCUCCUCCCCUUCAGUCUUUCACAGGUGUACUGGCUCCUCCUCUUCAGUCUUGCACAGGUGUACCAGCUCCUCCCCUUCAGUCUUGCACCGGUGUACUGGCUCCUCCUCUUCAGUCUUGCACAGGUGUACCAGCACCUCCCCUUCAGUCUUGCACAGGUGUACCGGCUCCUCCCAUUCAGUAUUGCACAGGUGUACUGGCUCCUCCCAUUCAGUCUUGCACAGGUGUACUGGCUCCUCCCCUUCAGUCUUGCACAUGUGUACAGGCUCCUCCCCUUCAUUAUU